UAUCUACUCUGUAGAUACUGUUUGCAUUCCUUGUGGGUGCGGUAAAGGUGCAAAUGUUCAAAAGAGCCAACCUCACCGCAGAUGCUACCCACAGCAGUAGUGUCAGCAACAAUGGUUUCAAUCCUUCCCAACAAUACAUGGUUGGACAGCUUCUCAAGGAUACAUUUAUUGGCCUUGGGCCUACUUUUGUGAAAGUCGGACAAUCCCUCUCAACAAGACCUGACAUUAUAGGCUCGGAGAUUUCUGAGGUACUUUCUGAGUUGCACGAAAGAGUUCCUUCUUUCCCAAGGGAGGAUGCAAUGGAGAUCAUUGAGGGGGAAUUUCAGCGCCCUGUUUCGCAAGUUUUCAGUUACAUUUCGGAUGAACCUGUUGCUGCAGCUUCCUUUGGACAAGUUUACCAGGGACGAACGAUUGAUGGUGCUCUCGUGGCCAUAAAGGUCCAGCGGCCGAACCUUCUUCCUUCUGUAUUGAGGGACAUCUACAUUCUACGGCUUGGGCUUUCUCUUGUGAGGAAAGUUGCAAAGCGAAGAAGUAACAUUUCCCUAUAUGCUGAUGAGUUGGGUAGAGGUUUUGUUGACGAGCUGGACUACAAUAUUGAAGCUGCUAAUGCUACUAAAUUCCUGGAAACUCACUCUAGAUAUUCAUUUAUGGUGGUUCCAAAGAUUUUCAAACAACUUACUAGGAAGAGGGUUUUGACUAUGGAGUGGGUGGCUGGUGAAAAUCCUAGGGAUUUGCUUUCUUUGUCUAAAGGAAUUUCUGAUAACACUACUGAAUUGUCAGAGAAGCAGAAGUUGGAAGCGAAAGGCCGCCUUCUUGACCUGGUCAAUAAAGGUGUUGAUGCAUCACUAGUGCAGCUCCUUGACACAGGCUUGUUGCAUGCUGAUCCUCAUCCUGGGAAUUUGCGUUAUACACCUGAUGGUCGUGUUGGGUUUCUUGAUUUUGGUUUGCUUUGCGAGAUGGAGAGGACACAUAAGCAUGCUAUGCUUUCGAGCAUUGUGCACAUAGUAAAUGGAGAUUGGGCUUCUCUUGUUUACGAUUUGACUGAAAUGGAUGUUGUUCCACCAAGAACUAAUCUACGCCGAGUGACAAUGGACUUAGAGGAUGCACUGGGUGAGGUAACCUUUGAAGAUGGAAUUCCAGACAUCAAGUUUAGUAGGGUGCUUGGAAGAAUUUGGUCUAUAGCACUUAAAUAUCACUUCCGUAUGCCACCAUACUACACACUUGUCCUGCGGUCACUUGCCUCUUUGGAAGGACUGGCCAUGGCGGGAGAUGGAACUUUUAAAACAUUUCAGGCAGCAUACCCGUAUGUUGUUAAAAAGCUUUUGUCUGAUAAUUCACUCGAGACAAGGAAGGUCUUGUAUCAGGUGAUUUUCAACAGGAGGAAGGAGUUCCAGUGGCAGAAGAUAGCAGUGUUUCUAAAGCUAGCAUCGACGAGGGGCAACUUCAGGCAAAAUACUGCGGUUUUGCCUGAGAGGAAGGGCAUGGAUGUCUCGAACCUUGCAGAGAUCAGUGAUGUGUCUUCCCUCGACGGCGCUACACCAGAAAAGGCGUUGCAUACUGCACACCUUUGUCUGAAGCUUUUGUUAUCAAGAGAUAGCAUCGUGAUAAGGAGACUAAUAAUGACAGCGAACACGAAGUCCCUUGCCCGGGACCUGAUCUCCAAAGACGCGGCGAUCUUCCGGGUCCUCCUCAGUCGGGUUCUUGCCGAUGUCGUAUGCCAGUGGAUGGUGAAGGUCACUGGGCUGAAACGAGCCAAGAGGUCGACCUCAACCGCGGUGUCGUCGUUGCAGGAGGCCAUGGGAGACCGAAGGCUCAAGGUUAUAUUCUCAAAGUUUCUCAGGGAGCUAAGGCAGGAGCCUGCCCUGAUGGUCAGGGUGGGCUGGAGCGCGCUUGUUGUCUCGGCCAUAUCCACCGCCAUUGGCGCGCACCGGUUCGUCGUCCUCUUGUCGGAAGAAUACUUGCCGAUGCUGUGGACGUCUGCGCCUCUCCCGCCACGGCUAGUUCGGAUUUAGAGUUUGUAAGAGAUCGAGGAUGUGAGCAGCCAUCAGGCUGGGUAAUAUACUUGUGUCACGGUGCACGCCUGUGUAUUAAGUGAAGAAGUGUAUAUAGAUGUUCAACCAUCUUUGUGUAGCCAGUUUCUCUAUGACUGUUUAGGUGAAACAGUAGGUGAGUGACCUUUUUGUAUGAUUCAUUUCCCCAACAUUUUUAUGUAGAAAAGGGGAGGAAACA